GCCUGACGCAUCUGAAUCAGAUGGUGAAAGAUUACUUCUCCAUGGAUAGUUUGGUAGUUCAACCGAGCCACGUUGGACGGCUUUCUAAGGACGAUGAACGCGCCAUAGCUCUUCUGGAAUCUCGCACUCACUUCAACGGAGAACGUUACGAAGCAAGCCUGUUAUGGCGGUCCGACAAAAUCCGUCUGCCGGACAACAAAGCAGUGGCAGUUCGUCGUUGGAGAUGCUUGGAAAAACGCAUGGAGAAGGACACGGAGUUAGCGAGCAUCCUGCAUGAAAAGAUUGCGGAAUACAGAUCGAAAAACUACAUCCGCAAGCUAACGUCGGAGGAGCUGUCAACAACAUACGAGCGGGUAUGGUACUUGCCUAUUUUUCCGGUAUACAAUCCGAAUAAGCCAGGCAAGGUUCGGAUUGUGUGGGACGCUGCCGCCCAAGCAUACGGGAUAUCACUGAAUUCGGUGCUCCUCACUGGCCCAGACCAGUUAGCGUCUCUUGUGGGCAUCCUGUACCAAUUCCGUGAGCAUCGAAUAGGCGUUUGUGCCGACAUCCGUGAGAUGUUCCAUCAGGUCGACAUCAAUCCUGAGGACCAGCAAUGUCAGCGUUUUCUUUGGCGUGACCGCGACGAACACGGUGAUCCAAGCAUCUACGUCAUGCAGGUAAUGACAUUCGGGGGGAGCUGUUCUCCUGCCACAGCCCAGUUUGUGAAGAACAAGAACGCCGAAAGAUUCGAAGAAGAAUAUCCAACAGCGGUAGCGGUCAUCAAAAAACGACACUACGUGGAUGACAUGGUUUUCAGCGUUGAAACGGAGCAAGAAGCAGUUGAACUGGCGGAGUCGGUGCGUUUCAUCCACAUGGAGGGUGGAUUUGAAAUCCGCAAUUGGGUUUCCAAUUCUCCGUUGGUGCUUUCCACUAUGAAUGGAGAAGAGUCAACGGAAAAGGACCUGAACAUAUCUGCGGAGGUGGCGAGUCAAAAAAUCCUCGGAAUGUGGUGGGAUACGAAGGACGACGUGUUCAAAUAUAACAUAUGCUGGACCAGAUUUGAUUCGGCGCUGCUUGAUGGAAGUCGUUGCCCUACUAAACGGGAGAUCCUUCGGACGCUGAUGACCAUAUACGACCCUCUAGGCCUCAUCGAUCACUUCCUGGUCUUGUUGAAAAUCUUGCUACAGGAGGUUUGGCGUGCUAACGUUGACUGGGACGAACGAAUCCCCGACAACCUGUUCGAGAAGUGGCGUGACUGGCUGCAAUUGCUACCCGAGGUAGAGAAAUUACGGAUUCCUAGGUGUUACCGGCAAGUUGUUUCAUCUUUGGGCGCAGCUUCCGUGGAAGUUCACGUAUUCGUUGACGCAAGCGAAAGUGCAAUGGCAGCGGCAGUGUUCUUGCGACUCGUAGAAGGGAAUCAAGUGGAAUGUACGCUGAUUGCUGCAAAGACUCGCGUAGCACCCUUGAAGUACACCUCCAUUCCACGAUUAGAACUGCAGGCUGCAGUCUUCGGGUGUAGAUUGGCGAAGAACGUUAUAGGAAAUCUGACGGUGAAUAUCUCCAAGUGUACCUACUGGACUGACUCCCGAAACGUUCUGUGCUGGUUAAGAGCUGAUCAUAAACGUUACAGUGCUUUCGUCGGGUCAAGGGUAAGCGAAAUACAGGAAUCGACAGACGUCCGUGAGUGGAGAUGGGUUCCGACUCGUUCUAAUGUUGCUGAUGAUGGGACUAGAUGGCGAGAUCGGAUCGACUUGUCUGCGAGUAGUAGGUGGUUCAAAGCACCAGAAUUCUUGAUGCAAGCGGAAGAAGACUGGCCAACACUUCCGCAAAAGUUGCUUUCCACUGAGGAAGAAAUGCGACCCAGCUUAUUGCUCCACUUCAAAGUUCCCGAACCUGCGAUAGAUGUGGGAAGAUUUUCGAGUUGGCGGCGAUUGCUAGCGGUGACUGGAUACGUCCUUCGAUUCUGCUUGAACCUUCAACGUCGUCGUAGUCAGCAUCCACUCAGAACUGGACCGUUAUCUAGCGAAGAGCUUCGAGGAGCGGAAGAAUACCAUUAUCGGCAAGCGCAACGAGAUGUGUACCAGGACGAAGUCGCAGCGUUGGAGACAAAAGAAUCAACUACCAAGCGUAUUCCAAAAGCGAGCUCACUUUACAAGUUGAGCCCGUUCGUUGACGAAUCCGGCGUAAUGAGGAUGAAGGGAAGAACCACUGUGUGUGCGUAUUUGCACAGUGACGCCAAGAAUCCUGUUAUUCUACCUCCAAAGCAUCCAGUAACAUCAUUAAUAUUAGUCCAUUACCACGAAAAGUUUGUGCACCGCAACUACGAGAUAGUAGUGAACGAAGUCCGCCAGAAGUACAGCAUCUUUCGCCUGAGACAAGCGCUUGCUGCGAUCCGUAGAAACUGCCAAUGGUGUAAAAACCGGGACGUUCUUCCUCAACCGCCAGAAAUGGCAGAUCUUCCUGCGGCCCGGCUGUCUGCGUACACGAGGCCAUUCGCACACGUUGGGGUGGAUUAUUUUGGUCCAAUUGAGGUGACGGUCCAGCGAAACCUGGUGGAAGUUCUACAUGCGCGGCGUCCAACCGAUGAAGAGCUGCGCAAUGCGUUGACGGAAAUAGAAGGCGUGCUAAACGCACGUCCUUUGACUCACGUGCCCAUUGAUGACGAAGCGGCUCCAGCGUUAACCCCCAACCACUUCCUGUUGGGUUCAUCCGACGGUUCCAAACCUUUGUCUCUAGUUGAUGCGGAUACUGCUGCACUACGGCGAGGUCACCCAACCUCCCAAUGGUUGGCAAAUCUAUUUUGGAAGCGUUGGGUCAGGGAUUACCUGCCCGACAUAACACGGCGAACAAAAUGGCACGAGAAGGCGAAACCUCUUCAGGUAGGUGACAUAGUAGUUAUCGUGGACCGGGAGCACCCCAGAAACUGUUGGCCCAAGGGACGAGUCAUCGGAGUGACCAGCAGAGGAGGACAAACUCGUAAGGCCACCGUACAAACCGUUGGUGGGAUCUACGAGCGACCAACAGUGAAACUCGCGGUGUUGGAUGUUCGGCGCGAGACUGAGUAA